AUGUCCCUGCUCUCGGACCGGCAAAACGAGGAGCUGCAGAAGUCGAUCCUCGAGUACCUGCACGCGAACAACUUUGUCGAUGCCGCCAACGCGCUCAGGGCCGACGCGAACCUCGACUACUCCCCCGACCCGAAGAGCAAGUAUGCGGGCUUGCUGGAGAAGAAGUGGACGAGCGUGAUCAGGUUGCAGAAGAAGAUCAUGGAUCUCGAGAACCGCAACGCCGCGCUGCAGGAGGAGGUCUCCCUCACGCCUGCUAAACGUGCCGCUCUGCAGACGGAUUGGGUGCCGAGAGCCCCCGCGUCGUACACGCUCAAGGGCCACCGACAGCAGGUCCUCAAGGUUGCGUUCCACCCGACGUUCAACGUGAUCGCCUCGGCGAGUGAGGAUGGCACCGUCAAGAUUUGGGACUGGGAAACGGGAGAGGCGGUGAACGACGUUGACUUCAGUGGCAAGGGAGAUCUCCUAGUGACUUGUUCGUCCGAUCUCUUUAUCAAGAUCUGGGACGUGCAGAAUGAGUGGAAGAACACCAAGACAUUCCCCGGCCACGAGCACACUGUUUCCUCGUGCCGUUUCCUCCCAGGUGAUCAGCAGAUUGUCAGCGCCAGCCGUGACCGCACAAUACGGGUAUUCGAUGUGGCCUCUACUCACCUAGUUAGGACAAUCUCAGGCCAUUCGGAUUGGGUUCGCUCUGUCCAGCCCUCGGACGACGGGCGAGUGAUUGCAAGCUGUUCGAAUGACCAGACCGCGCGGAUCAUUGACCCGCUAAACGGCGAGACAAAGAUGGAGCUGCGUGGACAUGAGCACACGGUUGAGACCGCGGUAUUUGCGCCACUUGCCGCGUAUGCUGCUAUCCGCGAGCUUGCCGGCAUUCCUAACACCGAGCGAUCCAAGAGGCCGGGCGCGUAUCUUGCGACUGGAUCACGAGACAAGACGAUCAAGUUGUGGGACGCACAAAGUGGCCAGAUGCUUCGGAAUCUGGCCGGGCACGACAACUGGGUGCGUGCACUUGUGUUCCAUCCCUCAGGAAAGUACCUCCUCUCCGCCUCGGAUGACUACACAAUACGGGUGUGGGAGCUCGCGACCGGGCGAUGUGUCAAGACCCUCCAGGCACACUCACACUUCGUCACCUGUUUGGCGUGGGGGCCACAAGCCGCGGCCUCCGACGCUGCGAAGCCAAAUGGCGCUGUUGGCGAUGCGAAACAGGAGGACGCCAAGUUUGUGAACGUGGUCGCGACUGGCAGCGUCGACCAGACAAUCAAGAUCUGGCUCCCAUGA